GUUAAAGUAUGUCGAAAAAAGUCAUAGUAUAGCAUGUAAAAAAAAUGACCCCUGGUCUAGACUCUUAUUUUGUAAUCGUAACCGGAAGUAGUCGGUCUCACUCCAGCAGUCACCGUGGACCAGACUUCUCUCGGUAACGUUGCUUCUCUCUCCACUUCUUUUUCAUCCUCAUCACCGCUGUGUCCGGUAGGCGGGCUCUCUCUCUCUGCUCUGUGAGCUUCCGCAGUUAUUCUCCCAGAUGGAUCUGAUAAUAUUAACGGUGUUAUCUUGUGUCGUCACUGUGAACUGCGACCCUGCGGGGCCGUUAGUGGACGUCGUCGUCGACCGGUACGACAUACCGAGAGUUUGUCCUCGGGAAGUGCAAACAGAAGACUUUAUCCGUUAUCAUUUUAACGGUUCCUUCUAUGCGGACGGGAAAAAGUUUGACUCCAGUCAUGACCGAGGCAAAGCCUUCAUCAGCCAGGUUGGCCUUGGCAGACUCAUUACAGGGAUGGAUCGUGGUCUUCAGGGCAUGUGUGUCAAUGAACGGAGGAGGAUCACAAUCCCCCCACACUUGGCCUAUGGAAGCAUCGGGACAGGUGGUGUAAUUCCUCCUGACGCUAUGUUGUUGUAUGAUGUUCUCUUGCUGGACAUAUGGAACACCGAGGACAAGGUCGAGAUCCGCACUUUCAGCAAACCUACAAUCUGCAACCGCACAGCUGCAGCAUCGGAUUUCGUGCGUUACCACUAUAACGGCACCCUGCUGUCUGGUGCAGCCUUCGACUCCAGUUACUCGAGGAACACGACCUACAACACCUACUUGGGACAGGGCGACCUCAUUAAAGGCAUGGACGAGGGUCUGUUGGGCAUGUGUGUCAGGGAGAGAAGGCUCAUCAUCGUCCCACCCUUCAUGGCGUAUGGAGAGACCGGCCAUGGAACUCUGGUCCCUCCUCAGGCUACGCUGGUGUUUGAGGUGCUGCUGGUUGAUGUGUUCAACCCUAAGGAUGAUCUGAUUGUGGAGGUGAAGGAGGUGCCUGAAGGCUGCAGCCGCCGGACGGUGACUGGAGAUUACAUCCGCUACCACUACAACGGUACCUUCCAGGACGGCACGGCCUUCGACUCGAGCUACAAGCGAAACAGCACCUAUAACACUUACAUCGGCAUGGGAUAUGUGAUCCGAGGUGUGGACAAUGCCCUGCAUGGGCUGUGCAUAGGAGAGAAGAGAAGGAUUACUGUCCCUCCUCACAUGGCCUAUGGCGAAGACGGAGUUGGAGAACUCAUUCCUGGCUCUGCUGUGCUGGUCUUUGACAUUCACGUCAUUGAUUUCCACAACCCCAAAGACCCGGUUGACAUUAAAGUUACCCACAAGCCUCAGGAAUGCAAAGUGACCAGUGAAGCUGACGAUUUGAUUCAGUAUCGUUAUAAUUGCUCCUUGAUGGACGGCACCCUGCUGUACUCCUCGGACCACUACGACUCGCCUUCCAUCACAACUCUCGGAGCGGACAAGGUGAUCCCGGGUCUGGAGAAAGGUUUGAGUGGCAUGUGUGAGGGCGAGAAGAGGGAGGUGGUCUGUCCACCACACUGGGGACAUGGUGAAAAUGGAGCUGGAGAAGUUCCCAGCAGUGCAGUGCUCUUCUUUGAGUUGGAGUUAGUGGAGCUGCAAAAGGGAGUGCCUGAAGGCUAUAUGUUCGUGUGGCUGGGAGACGGCCCAGAUUCCCUUUUUCCUGCUAUGGACCUCAAUGGUGACAAAGAGGUUCCUCUAGAGGAGUUUUCAGCCUUCAUCAUGCUACAAGUUAAAGAGGGCAAAGGUCGUCUUCGGCCAGGGGUCGAUGCCGACAGCAUCAUCAGGGACAUGUUCAAUAACCAGGACUACAAUAAAGAUGGGAAGAUUGUAGAAGAUGACCUGAAACUUGAGGUGGAUGACGAGCCUAAAGAAACAACACGAGAUGAGCUGUAAAGGGGAAAGGUACCGUAUUUCAUUGGUGGCAAAGGACAGGCAUCCAAUGGCUGAGGUUAUAAUGUCAUCUUAGCAACUGUCGUGCAACUAUUUUGAAAAAUGUUUCAGAGAUUGAAACAUUGAAGAGCCUUUAUUUAAGGCAGUAAGAUAGUUGGCUUUGCUAGAUUCUGUUAAAAAAAA